UGGAUGAGUCUGAUGUUGGAGAGUGAGAGCUGAAGAUCGGCCGCUCAGCUCCACAGCCCGGGACAUGGCAGCGGGCGGCGGACGGGUGUGCGGGCUGCUGCGGGCCAACAUCCUGCGAGUCAGACCCUGGGGGAGCGGCAAGCGAGGCUGCGUGUCCGGAGCGGUGGAGGUGGCCGGGGCCGUGCAGAGUGUGGCCCCGAGCACAGACAGAAGGAGGUUCCUCCGAGAUCACGCCCUGCCCUUCUCUGCCUUCCUCACUGACGGCUUCGGCCGGCAGCACACUUACCUGAGGAUCUCGCUGACUGAGAAGUGUAACCUGCGCUGUCAGUACUGUAUGCCGGAGGAAGGGGUGAAGCUGACCCUGAAGAGCGAGCUCCUCACCUCCCCGGAGAUCCUCGCCUUGGCCAAGCUGUUUGUGCAGGAAGGGGUGGACAAGAUCCGCCUGACCGGGGGCGAGCCCCUCAUCCGGCCCGACGUGGUGGACAUCGUAGCACAACUGAGGAGACUGAAAGGGUUAAAGACCAUUGCACUGACGACCAAUGGCAUUAACCUGGCGCGGCUGUUACCCAGGCUGAAAGAGGCCGGAGUGGACGUUCUGAACAUCAGCCUGGACACCCUGGUGCCGUCCAAGUUCGAGUUCAUUGUGCGCAGGAAAGGUUUUCAUAAAGUCAUGGAGGGCAUUCAUCGUGCGCUGGAGCUGGGCUACAAUCCUGUCAAGGUGAACUGUGUGGUCAUGAGAGGGUUAAACGAUGACGAGCUCUUGGACUUUGUUGCACUCACAGAGAGGCAGCCGCUCGAGGUGCGGUUCAUCGAGUACAUGCCGUUUGAUGGUAACAAGUGGAACUACAAGAAGAUGGUGAGUUACCAGGAGAUGUUGGACAUUAUCCGCCAGAAGUGGCCGGAGCUGGAGAAGGUCCCUACUGAAAUGUCCAGCACGUCUAAGGCCUUCAGAGUGCCGGGCUUCCAGGGGCAGAUCGGGUUCAUCACCUCCAUGUCUGAACACUUCUGCGGCUCCUGUAAUCGGCUGCGGAUCACGGCGGAUGGGAAUCUCAAGGUCUGUCUCUUCGGGAACUCGGAGGUGUCUCUCAGAGACUGUCUGCGUACGGGGGCGAGCGAGGAGCAGCUGAUACAGGUCAUCGGGGAGGCUGUAGGGCGCAAGAAGAAGCAGCAUGCGGGUAUGUUCAGCAUCUCCCAGAUGAAGAACCGUCCCAUGAUCCUGAUCGAUUCGCCGCCCUCCUCGCUGUAUCGGAGAGCUGCCUGGGGAUUUUUUUAUAUAAAGGAACAGAUCAGACUUCUUGCUGCUAGCGGACGGGGCGCGGGGUCCUGGAGUCGGAGGGGUGGAGAUCAGGACUUCUUGACGUCUAAUACAUUAGUGACUCCUUUGCUGCUUCCACUGCGCGGUUUCUGCGGGGCCUCCGGACCCCCCGCCCCCCAAUCUCAGUGCCUUAAUACUCUACAGUCUUCCACGGACAAUUUAUCCGAAACGCACAAUAAUUCCGGUUUACAGGGAGCGUCCGAGCACUUGACUCACGUUGACCAGUCCGGGAAGGUUCACAUGGUCGAUGUCGGAGAGAAGUCGAGCACCAGCCGCGCCGCCAUCGCUACAGCCGUUAUCCGCCUGGGGCCAAAAGUCUUCGACCUGGUGCAGUCCAACCAAGUCAAGAAAGGCGACGUCCUCAGCGUGGCGCAGAUCGCCGGCAUCCAGGGCGCCAAGCUCACCAGUCAGCUGAUUCCUCUGUGCCAUAACAUUGCCUUGAGCCAGGUCACGGUUUCCGUGGAGCUGGACGCCACGCGGUUUACAGCCCUGGUAACAGCCGAGUGCCGCACUCACGGUAAAACGGGGGUGGAGAUGGAGGCGUUGACCGCGGCAAGCGUGGCGGCAUUAACUAUAUAUGACAUGUGCAAGGCUGUCACUCAUGACAUGGUGAUCGGAGAGGUAAAACUCGUAAGGAAAAGCGGGGGGCAGAGGGGAGACUUCCAGCGAGGAGGCUGACAAAGGCGUCUUAAAGGGAUAGCUGCACUUCUCAACAUAUUGCUUCCAAUUUCAGCCAAAAUAAUCCAUAUAACAGAUCGUGACUUUAAACAUUCUUUCCUUUACAAAUCCUAAACUGCAUCCUGUGUUCUACUCUAGUCACACCCAGAGCUGCAUUCCUAAUUACUCUAUCAGCACUGUGAUGGCCGACCGCCCGAGAUCCUUCGAUGUAGCAUUGCAUUCUAGAAGAAGUAGCACAUGGCGGGUGGGUACAAACACUACAUUUCCCAGGACAAGCAGGGUGAUAUCUCCUGCAGCUUGUGAAUGCAGCUCUGGAUGUGACUGGAGAAUAGGACAACUAUCCAAAGCACAGAUUUGAGAUUUGAAAUGCGAAACCAUGUUGGAAAGUGUAUCUACACCAGGGUCGGCCUUUACCUCCAGCCUUUGCAGCGCCUGGUGUGCCGUUACCGGGACGCGCGACGCUGAGGUGAACGGGCCGAUCCGUCUUGUUACAUGACUCCCUGUGACAUCACUGCCACCCCGGAAGACUCCGGCGUCUCGUGCUCCUUUCUUACUGCUCUGGUGACAGUAUUUUUAUUUUUGUGGCGAUACUGUUGCGUUUUAUUUUCUGAAUCUGAUACAUUGUAAUCACAUUGUUACUAAAUACAAUAAACGACCCU